AUGUCCUCUUUUAAUAGACCACAUGACGAUAUCUUUAACGAUGUUGCAUCAAUGGACUUAAUUGAUGUAUACACAGAAUCUCAAACUGAACCCGGUAUAAAUGGCUUCCUUAAGAAAUUUUAUUAUACAAUGAAGGAGCCCUCUUAUAUCGAUUGGAAAUUAAAUUCAAGUGAUAAGGUUAAAACGGAUGAAGAGCGUCAGGAUUUAAUCAGAAAUAAAUUGGAGUGUAUUAGACGAUGUGAACAAAUAUCUCGUUACUUGGAUGAGAAUGGAAUCGGACUAAAUUCUUUCAACGCUUGGAAUAGGAAGUUUAAUAUUAAGAAGGGUAAAAAGUGUAUUAACCAAGAUACUAUACCAGAAUGGAUAAGAAAGUAUUCAAAAAAGAAUGAUGCGGAUGAUGAUAAUGCUUGUAUUAAUGACGAGGUGAGUGAACAAAAAUCAAAGCGAGCUUUAUUAAAGCCUGUUAAAUCUAAGGACGAAGAGAAGAAGCCGAAGAAAGCUGAUAGUAGUGAUGAGUAA